GUCGGCUAUUGGUUAACUUAACGCGAAAUGCUAUUGGCUGUCAACAUAUUUGUUAUAGCGAUAAAAAAACUGUCUGCAUACUUGAAAUUUUAGCAGCGGAAAGUCGACUUUUGCAGCCGUAUGAUCCUUUAACUGCUAUACCAAGUGGAGGACGAUCUAGCGACGAUCUCAUUUAAUUUAUACUAUUGAACUAAAUUUGUAUCAAUUACUGGGCGAUAACGAGUCCGAUUAUCUCAUUAGAACAUCUGUCAUCAUUCAAUGUUUGAAUUUUUUUCAAUAUAUUAUGAAUAAAUAUGCCUUCGGAUAAGGAGUCACAAAUUCUUAAACGAAGUGGUAGACACAUCGAACGCUAUACAGAUGUUGGGAUAGCUGGCAGAGGAAAAUUCGCAACUGUUAAACAAUGCAUCUGCAAAGAAACAAAGAAGUUAUUCGCGGCUAAAAUUUUAAAUAAGAACAAAAUGGGAAAGGAUAACAGAGAGAAUAUAGAAAGAGAGAUUAAGUUACUACAACUAAGUAAAGAAUGCCGACUAAUUGUUCAAAUUCAUGAAGUGUUCGAAACGCCAAGUGUUGUGACUAUUUUAACUGAAUAG